UGAAAGAUAAAAUUUAGUUAAUCCCGGACAGAACACAGAAGGCUAUGGGUUACUGGUGGUAGAAGAUAAAAUGGCGGUUUCUAGGGUUUGUCUUCAUCGAUUUUCAUUAUCAAUCUCUUCAAUUCCACCCUACAUUUCUCACCUUCGUCCCAGAAUCCGUCACUUUGCAGCUGUCUCCGCUUCUUCUCAUUCAACUCCAAAUUCAACUUCUACUGAUAUCACCACCACUCCUCCGCCUUCUCCUCGUCCUCGGUGGAAGCCUAUGUGUUUGUAUUUCACUCAAUCUCUCUGCACUAAGAUGGAUGAUCUUGCUCACUUAAAUGCGUUCAGUCACACAUUUUCUGAGGAGCUUAAUAUAAACGCCGCUGCCGAUAUGAAGCAUGUACGCCCUCAACAGUUUGAUCAUUUUCUUGUGCUCGAUUUGGAGGGCAAAGUUGAAAUUCUGGAAUUUCCUGUCCUUAUGAUUGAUGCUAAAACCUUGGCAGUAGUUGAUUUUUUCCACAGAUUUGUAAGACCCUCAGAAAUGGGUGAGCAAAGAAUAAAUCAGUAUAUCGAAGGCAAGUAUGGAAAAAUCGGAGUUCAGAGUGUCUGGCAUGAUACAGCUAUUCCAUUUACGGAAGUUAUAAAACAAUUUGAAGACUGGAUGGCAAAGCAUCAAUUGUGGGCAAGGGAAUAUGGCGGGCAUCUUAAUAAAGCUGCAUUCAUAACUUGUGGCAACUGGGACAUAAAAACUAAAAUCCCCGAGCAAUGCAAAGUAUCACGGAUGAAGACCCCCUCAUACUUUAUGGAAUGGAUCAAUUUGAAGGACAUCUACCUGAACUUCUACAAGAGGAGGGUAAGCAGGGCCUCGGGUAUGAUGACAAUGAUGCGGGAGCUUCAUAUGCCAUUGGUAGGAAGUCACCAUCUUGGAAUUGAUGAUACAAAGAACAUAACAAGAGUUUUGCGACGCCUGAUUAAUGAUGGUGCAGUUUUGCAGAUCACCGCCCAGAGAAAUUCUACAGGAAGUGUUGAAUUUCUCUUUGAAAAUCGUAUCCGGUAGCCUACUCUUCAGAGGAUAGUUGUGCAGAAUUUCCAAUCAUAUUAACUCUGUAGUAUUGUUAAAAUUUUGUUUGCUUUGAGUAAAUGCUAUUCAGCCAUAAGUUUUUUUUAAUGAAAUUGUUAUUAUUAUUUUUAAAUUCA